CUGUACAUAAAUGAUAAAUUUUCCCAAAUCCGCCUUCAAGCCCCUCUUUACAGCCUCUCUUAGGGCUUGUUCCACAAAAGCGCCUACAAGGGCUAGACUAAGAGACAAAGUUUACAUCAUACCUAUCCACUCUGAAGAAGCGAUUUCAAAAGCAAUCAAAGUUGAUGAGUUGGCCAAAAUUGAAGAAUAUACAAAAGCAAUGAUGAUCGCCAUCAACAAGCCUAAGAAAGCAGAGAGAUAUAUCAAAGAUCUGUUGAAGAAUUUACGCUAUGAUCAUAUAGGCCUACCGGCCUAUACCCAUCUUUUAGAGUUACACUCCAAAAUUUUAAUAUCUCUACAGGAAUAUGAAGAGGCUGAGCUCCAAAUCAAGAACACUAUCGAACACUCAAGAAAUAGGAUGCUCUAUGACCCUGAAUUUAGAAUUCAAAAAUAAAGUUGACCUCUUAACUCUCUAUCUGCAUCAUUUCAAAGCUAAAGCUUCAGAUUUUGCUGAAACCCUAAUAAAUGACCCUGACAUGAAUAAGAUCUCUUUUGAAAAACAAGCAGAAGUUAAUUUCUUAACAGGAAUUGCUAAGUUCUAUGAUGAGGCUGUUUCAUUCAAGAAAUGAAAGGAUUACUUGAAGCAUGCUCUCAGCAUGACUCUGGAUCCUCAGAAGUUAUCCAUCAUUCUUCAUAAUCUAGCUGUGAUGAACUUUGCUGAAAGAUGAUACCUCAAUAAAGGAGAUGACCUAACUGAAGAGGAGAGGUUCAAGAGAAUCGGAAUGUCAGAACAAAUCAGAGAUAAAACUAUUGGUACUGAAGUUGACGAUAGAGGAAAUCUAAGAUUCAAUCCGGUCCUAAUGCCGACUGAAGAGAAAAUGCCUGAAAGUUUAAAGGAAGCUAUUCCAGAACAUAUUCAAUAUGAUAUUGAUCAACUUUUUAUGAAACGUAUGCAAGAGAAAGAAAAGACUCUCUUGGAAAAGAAGGAAGAGGCAGAUAAAAAACAUAAAGAAUCUCAAGACAGACUUAUACAUUCAGCACAUUUGAAAGACAAGGAGUCAGUGGAAUACAUAGAGCCAACAUUUUAUGAAGAUAAUAAACAAUGGCUCACACUUUCUAAGGAAGAUAUUGAGAAUGAAGUUAUCCCUAUCAUGUUCCAGCUAAAUGAUUCAAAAGAAAAUAGCAUUUUCGACAAAAUUGAGGCUAAAGAAUUUGAUGUAGACACUGAUUUUAAUGAAGUCAUCCCAGUAUUAUUUGCAAGUAUUGUUUAUGCUCAUCAAGACCCUGCUAUGAGGAAUUUUAAAACAAUGGAACAUCUGAUUUUUGGGGACAAAACAUACUCUUAUCUGAAAAAUCCUGUGUGCUUUCAAUCAAUUUUAUUACUCUCACAUAUUCUUCUAGCUUCAAAAGACAUCCAUGAUUUUCAUCUUUACCAGUCUGUGAUUUAUACUGUCUAUUUCGCCAAUAAAAAUUCGAAAAAGAUGCAAUCACGAUAUUUCUUAGAUUAUGCCAAUCUUCUCUUAGCUGCUUACUAUCAGCAUAUUGGGCAGACUGAAAAUGCUCUCCAAAUCCUGACCAAAAUUGAAAGAAACACAACUAUUGAUGAAAACAAGCCUCUCGAAAGACUUUUUGUGAAACUAAUGGGAGAAGUCCUGAAAACCAAUCUAAAUUACUCAGAAGAUUUACCCAGAGAGGAACUUAUAGCAAAAAAACGUCUUGAAAGCUUCAGAAAAGAAAAAGGUAUUUCCUUCCUAGAAAGAUACCAAGAAAUCAAAAACGAAGGAAACCAUUCAAAAUGGGAUCUGUUCUUCAACCUCAAUCUCUCUGCUUAA